AUGUCUCCGAACGCUCCUCGUCUCUCUGACAAUUCUCUGCCUCCCAUCGCUCGUCUUCGUGAGAAAUUCGAACGACUUCUCUCUCAUCCAGACCAGAUUAUUCCAGUCCUCGGGGACCUCCUCGCCCUGCCUAGCGACGCGAUCCACUAUCACCCUGGCGCGCAAUACCACUCCUGCACUCCCGAUCUCCCCGUAAGGAUCUCCUCGCAGGAUCGGCUGCCUGGCCAGUACGAGCAGCUCAUCCUGAAUGUAGCCAUACGGAUCCGAUGGAUCGCUGUAAACGGUUUCUUGACGCAGCGGGCUAUGGGGGAUAGCCUCGUCCAGCUCGAAGUGCUUGUCGUCAAGAUCCAUCGAGAGCUCCCAUUGCAACUCAAUUUCCAGCGGAAUGAGGGCCGACUCGAUCCCGGGAAGCAUGAGAAGGCGCAUACACUUGUGACAGGAGGGACGAGGGCAGUAAUGCAUGAGAGUGGAUUCGUGCGGUUUGUAGCGCUCCCCACAGACCUUGCAAUGCAGGCCUCUUUUUCUGCAAGAAAUCUCAGCUACUGGAUCGCUCAUCUGACGUAG